AUGGCUUCCUAUAGUUCUUGCAGAGGAACAGAUUCACCAAUGGAAGUAGUAGAUAUAGAUAUCAUUUCUUCUUCUCAGCGGCGGUCUGAUAACUCACCACCGGCUUAUAAUGUUGGUCUCCCGCCACCACGAAGUUUGGUGAGUCAACUCGGAGAAAAACUGAAAGAGACUUUAUUUACAGAUGAUCCAUUGCGGUCUUUUAAGAACAAGAAAAGAACAGAGCAAUUAGUAACAGGACUUCAAUACUUGUUCCCAAUUCUUAAGUGGGGGAGAGAGUACAAUCUCAUUAAAUUGAAAGGAGAUGUUGUUGCUGGUUUAACAGUGGCGAGCCUCUGCAUUCCUCAGGCUAUUGGGUAUGCUAGCCUUGUAAACUUGGAUCCACAAUAUGGGCUAUAUUCUAGCUUUGUGCCACCACUUGUGUACGCUGUUCUGGGAAGUUCUAGAGAUAUUGCCAUUGGCCCAGUGUCUGUUGUGUCUCUUUUGCUUGGCAACCUUCUUCAGGAAGAGUUUGAUUACAGGAAGAACAGUGCAGAAUAUUAUAGGCUGGCAUUUACUGCUACAUUCUUUGCUGGUGUCACUGAGGCAACACUUGGAUGGCUGAGAUUAGGAUUUUUGAUUGACUUUCUAUCUCAUGCUGCUAUUAUUGGAUUUAUGGGUGGGUCAGCCAUUACAAUUAGCCUUCAACAAAUGAGUGGAUUGCUUGGUAUUAAAAACUUCACCAAGAAAACAGAUAUAAUAUCUAUGAUGAAAUCUAUCUGGGGUUCAGUUCAUCAUGGUUGGAACUGGCAAACUAUAGCUAUUGGGAUGUCCUUCUUAGCAUUCCUUCUUCUUGCUAAAUAUAUAGGAAAGAAGAAAAGGAGUCUCUUUUGGGUGCCAGUAAUUACACCACUAAUCUCUAUAAUUCUUUCCACUUUCUUCGUAUACAUCACCCAAGCUAACAAAAAUGGCGUUCAUAUUGUAAACCAUAUAAAAAAAGGCAUCAAUCCAUCAUCGGCACAUCAAAUUUACUUCAGUGGUUCAAAUCUUAUAAAAGGAGUAAAGAUUGGUGCAAUUUCUGGGAUGAUAGCAUUGACUGAAGCUGUGGCAAUUGGCAGAACGUUUGCUGCCAUGAAUGAUUAUCAGUUGGAUGGAAACAAAGAAAUGGUGGCCCAUGGAACUAUGAAUAUUGUUGGGUCUUUGACUUCUUGUUUCAUAGGCACUGGUUCCUUCUCAAGAUCAGCAGUGAAUGACAUGGCUGGUUGUCAAACAGCUGCAUCUAAUAUUGUUAUGUCCAUAGCAGUAGGGAUGACAUUAGAGCUCAUCACUCCCCUCAUCAAAUACACACCAAUUGCAAUUAUUUCCUCCAUCACUAUCAAUGCUGUGAUUGGCCUCAUCGACUAUAAUGCAACGAUACAUAUCUGGAAGGUUGAUAAGAUGGACUUCAUUGCCUGCAUGGGAGCUUUUUUUGGCGUGCUUUUUGUAAAUAUUGAGAUUGGUCUCUUGAUUGCUGUUUUAAUAUCGAUUAUAAAAAUCCUUCUUCAGGUGACCAGACCAAGAAUUAUUUUACUGGGAAAUCUCUCUGGGACUUCAAUUUACAGGAACAUUCAACAGUACCCUGAGGCAAAUAGAGUUCCCGGAUUUGUAAUUGUAAGGGUUGAUAGUGUCAUCUACUUCUCAAACUCUAAUUAUGUCAAGGAGAGGGUCCUUAGGUGGCUAAGGGAUGAAGAAGAAAAACAAAAUGAGAACGGACUACCAAAAAUCAGAUACUUGAUUGUUGAACUAUCUUCGGUCACUGACAUCGACACCUCUGGAAUCCAUGCUCUUGAGGAGCUAUACAAGAGCGUGAAGAAGAGAGACAUAGAGCUUAUUUUUGUAAAUCCCGGGCUUGGUUUGAUGGAGAAGCUCCAAGUUUCUAAGUUUACAGAGUUGAUAGGCAAUGGAAGGAUCUUCUUAACUGUUGAUAAUGCCGUAACAAUGUGCUACAUAAAUGCUAGUGAAGAAGCUUGA